AUGGCUCACUAUUUCGGUGAGACUUGUCUCAGCAGACAAGCUGGUAAUCUGGCUCUGCUCAGUACUGGUGAGGCACUGCACUGUUACACCUGCAUUGGGUCAACAGAUGAGGACUGCAAUCGCCAGGGAUCCAAAUCGUGUCCAAUUUACUCAGACGCAUGUGCUAUUAUUAAAGGAGAUGGCAGCGGUGUGCUGAAGUCAUGUUCCUACAAAUCCUUCUGCAGUCAAGCUAACAGCAAAGGUGACAGAGUUGCAGGGGUGAAGGUUCACUGCUGCUACUCAGAUGACUGUAACGUAAUGGGACAUGGCACCCGACUCAGCAGAGGGUUUAGCUAUCUCUUAGUCCUUCUGCCACUGUUUUGGCUUCUAUUGUCAAGCUAAAAUUGCCAGCACGAGCUUAAAUGUGCUUUGUACAGGGGAAGUCACAUAAUGAAUGCAAUAGCCAUUAAGUGUAAUAAUGUCUCUGGUCAUGCCUAUUAAACGGAAUAAUAAUACCACACAAAUGGACUCUUCAUGCAGAUGCCAUAUUUAUAUUUAUAUUUAGUUGUUUUAUAUAAAAUAGUAAAACAACACAGUCAUUUUUUUCCAACAACAAAAAAUAAAACACUAUUGAAUUAGAGACACAUGGUGCUACAGAAUAUGUUUAAUUCAAACGCUAAGUAGGCAACGGUAAACAAGUAAAUAAAUAAAGUAAUAAAAUAAAAGUAUAAAUAAAUCAAAUCUUUGAAGAUCAGAAAAUCUUUGAAGACUUAGGAUAAUAUACUCUAUAUAAUACACAUUAAAUUGUCCACUGGCAAAGCAACCAAUGCAUUGAUUCUUUGGAAGUUAAAGAGAUAAAAUCCCAGCAUUUCCAAGCUACCACUGUCUGACCCUCUGCUUUGAUCCCAGUUUCCUAGCUGCCAUAUUUAAAGGAAAGAAUUUCUUUGUACCAUGCAUUUGUAUGUAUAAAGGCUGCUGUUUUAUUUUUUCAGCACAUCCCUUCUGUAUAUAUAGCAUUUAGCAAGAGAGUGGGGUAUUUAAAACAUUGAUGUUUUGCCACUAAAAUAUUCGUUAUGUGUCUCACUGUACACCUAUUUUAGGGUUUUUUGCUUCCAUGUUUUUACAUGUUUCACUGUUUGCAGAUAUGCUCUAGAUAUCAAUCUUAUGCAAAUCUGAUUUUGCUUUGAGCUUUGAGUGAAUGCGUGAGUUGUUGAAGAUACUUAAGUAAAGGCACAAACCUUAAAGAAGAUCUAUUAUUCUUUAAGGUAGACCUACUCAUUAGAUUCUGGCAUUAACACAACAGACUUUCACAACAGUCUCAUUUUGCUUCUGAGUGUUAUUUAUGGCAUUAACACUAGGGGUCAGUAUAAAUUCACAAAUGUUGUGGUUAUUGUGUAGUGAUAGCGUGACGUUUUACAGGAUCUGCUGCUACUCUGUAAAGGAACAGCUAUUAUUCUGAACUUUCAAAUGGCAGGUCUUAGCUGGGUAGUUUAACACAUGUUCCAAUAACAGCAGUAAAAAUAUCAAUUGUAUUAUUAUAUCAAUGGUAUUAUUAGCACAGCAUUGACGGUCACAGGCUGUACAGUAGCCGCGACUUUUAUUCAGUGUAUUUUGUGGAGCUUGAAAUUAGGGCAGUAUACAACCAUUUGUAAAACAGGUAUUUUGCUUUGUUUUUGAGGCCUGCAAGCUUCUUAGAUACCUUUUUAAACAGUAGACUACAUGCAGUAUACU